AUGGCCGACUUUACGCAGCGGCUGAAGCCAGCAGACCCCCAAUGCACUCAGAUCCUGGCGGAUGAGCGCGCUCGGUCCAGCAUCGACACCGAGCAGCUUGCGAGACACUUGCUCACGGACGAGUUCCUCGAGCGGCAGAAGAGAAUCUUGCGAGUUUUGGCGCGAGAGCCAGUCUUUUCGAAGCAGAACCAACUCAACCUGGGCCAUCCGGAAAGAUACCAACUCGGCCUCGCUCGAGCCAAAACGGUUACACGGCUCGCGACCAAACAUGGCUGGGACGAACAAGACUACAACAUGGCGAGCUAUCUCAUCGACGAGAUGGGUCCUUAUGCCUUGCAGCUUCUCCUGUUCAAAACAUCGAUUCGCGAACAAGGCAGCGACGCGCAAAAGGAGCAUUGGCUUCCAAAAGUCGACAACUGGGAAAUCAUCGGCGCCUACUGCCAGACCGAACUCGGACACGGCAGUAACGUCAAGGGGCUGGAGUGCGUCGCCACAUGGGACCCUCGGACGAGAGAGUUCGAAAUACACAGUCCUACACUGACCGCCAGCAAGUGGUGGUGUGGAAGUCUAGGCAGGACCGCGAACCACGCCGUGGUGGUGGCACAGCUCCAUGCGCCGGACCCGAAGACCAACCUCUACAAGUCGUACGGGCCGCACCAGUUUAUCGUGCAGGUGCGCGAUAUGAAGACUUUCGAACCCUUGCCGAAGAUCACCAUUGGCGAUAUUGGGCCCAAGUACGGAUACGCCGCCAUGGACAAUGGCUACAUGCUCUUCGACCACCUAAGGGUGCCCUCGUCGGCGCUUUUGUCGAGGUACGCGAGGUUCAACGCCGAGCUUGGGAUCCCGAAUACCGCGUCAGAGAAGCCGGCGAUGGUGUACGGCUCGUUGACGUAUGUCCGCGCGCAGAUCGUCAUGCACGCCCGACUGGUGCUGGCGAGGGCGUGCACCGUCGCCGUGCGCUACCUCUCGAUCAGACACCAGUUUCCGGAUCGAGAUGCGAAAGGCGACGCACCUGAGCAGGCCGUGUUGAACUACCCCACGGUGCAGAUCAGGAUUCUACCCCUGCUUGCCACAGUCUUUGCCCUUCACUACACUGGGGCCGCGAUGGAGAGUCUCUACUGGCAGACUCGGGCGUCGAUUGAACAAAAAGGCGAUUUUUCGCGGCUAGGCGAGAUGCACGCAAGCUCCUCGGGCUUGAAGUCGCUGUGCACGACCCUCGUGGCCGACGGGAUCGAAACCUGCAGACGAGCGAUGGGCGGGCACGGGUUCGGGGGCGACAGCGGCAUGGUCGCCCUGAACAAUGAGUACCUGUCCAAACCGACCGUUGAGGGGGACAAUUGGAUGAUCACGCAACAGACGGCGACUUACCUGAUCAAACGAAUGUCCGAAGCCAUCAAGUACCCGGGUACUCCGGCGCAGGAGCCAAUAGAUGUCCAGUUUAAAGAGUUCCUCCGUGCCCGGGACGUGGUCCCCGUUACAUUUGACAUUUUCGAGUGCGAUGAGGACUUGGUCAAGGCGUUCCAACAUCGCGCCGCGUACCUGUCUUAUCAGCUCUAUCAAGCCCGCGUGGUCGAAUGCCGGCCGUGGACCAGCCUGAUGAUCUCCCUCCACAGAGCCAGCAAGGCGCACUCGGAAAGCCUGCUCGUUUCGAACUUUUACAACGCGGUGACUGCGGCGUCCAGCACCAGCUCCAGCCCGGACGGUGCACUAGACCGAGACACGGCAUCGCUCCUCGGCGUGCUAUUCCGACUCUUUGCGCUGUUCACGCUCGACGCCUCGGCGCUGGAAUUCCUGACCUCCAACGCCGCCCAGGUCUCCCAGCUCCGACACACGACGCGCCGCAUCGAGGCGCUCAUGGUGCAGGUCCGGCCCCACGCCGUCCGGCUCGUCGACGCCUGGUCUAUCCCUGACUACCUGCUCGCCAGCUCGCUGGGCCGGUACGACGGGGACGUGUACAACGACCUGUUCCGGCGCGCGCACGUGGUCAACCCGCUCAACCGCACGACGUUCAACCCCGACUGGACGACCGACGAGAUCAUCAAGGGCGAGGGUCCCGAGGCGGCGAGGAGACGGAUCCGCCAUCUCGCUCUGGGGGAGGCAGACGAGCGGACGGUCGGAGAGACGAGAGCGAGGUUGUGA